AUGACGUUCGAAACUACAACCUCACCCUCUUAUGACCCUUUGAGUCAAUAUGCCCCCUAUAACUCAUCUAUAUCCUCCUCGGCUUCGGCCUCUGCCUCCUCGGUGUGGUCUGGAUCCGACACUACCUCCCAAACCUCGGACGAUGCUUCUGGCUCAAUCUCAUCCGACAGCGACUCAUGCCACUCAUACUUUUCCUCUCAGGAAUCCUCGACAAUGACUCGUCGACCCGACCUUCUUACCAAACAACGCCAACAGCAACAGGCUGUCCCUGUUGAGUUGCGCCAAAACCCUAGACGUACCGCUGCGGCUGCUGGUGGCGCGGGAUGCCCCCCACCAUCACUUGUCCGGCAGUCGGACCGCAAAGUAAACUUCGUCGAUAGCCUUGUUGACUCGUCGACCCAGAUUGUUGAGGCCAUCUGGCCUCUCUCUUCCGCUCCGUGCCGCCCGGAGCCUGGCAACAGGACCGUGCUACCGCUGCGCACCUUUAUCCAAGAGACGCUCCGGCGCUCGCGCACUAGCUACUCGACCCUGCAAGUCGCGCUGUACUAUCUCAUCCUCAUCAAGCCUCACGUUCCCAAGCGUAGCUUUACUGUGGAGCAGUACGAGGAUCGGUUCGCUGACCGAGCGCUUCAGUGCGGCCGGCGCAUGUUCCUCGCGGCCCUGAUCCUUGCUUCCAAGUAUCUUCAGGACCGCAACUACUCUGCACGUGCCUGGAGCAAGAUCUCUGGUCUCAACGUCCAGGAGAUCAACCAGAACGAGGUCGCCUUUCUCCUUGCUGUCAACUGGAAGCUCCACAUCACUGAUGAGGUUUUCCGACGAUGGACCGAAAUUGUUCUCAAGCAUACUCCUCCCCCACCCCCGCCGUCUCCUGGUGCCGUCUCACAGACUUUGGCUCAGCAAACAUUGGAGUGGAAACAGGUUAUUUUGAGACUGAACCCGGACCUGACCAACAUCGAGGGCCUCAUUCCCGCCCUCCGCAUGCCUGCGAGAUCCAGCGAUCUCUGCGCUUUAUCACCUCGUAGUAUUCUUAACCUCCCUACGGAGCAGCGACGUGUGCCUACCCUGGCUUCCACUACGGCCGAGGAAGAGACUUGCGAUCCCAAGUUUCUCAGCAAGUACCUGCCUGCUCCGUUGGAGCCAACCCCCACGAUGGCCUAUUCGGCCACUCCCGGCCGACUGGCCCCUGCAUUGGGUCUUCUUCCGACCCCGCGUCUGACGCCGCAAUCCAGUGGUAUCUGUACUCCUGCAGUGAGUGCUGCAUCACACCUCCUCGGAAAAAGCAACGCAAUGUGCCUGGCCAUGGCUCAAGCUGGCAGCGUCAGCACCGCCCAGCACCUGGAUCGCUUUCCCGCCGCCCUGUCGACAUCCCCCCAGAACUACUGCCCCGCUCGUCGUUCUUCUCUUGCCAAUUCAAUCUCGACCAUGUCUUCUCCCGAAUCGAUGGUUUCGGAUCUUUCGCACACCUCUCGCUCGUCUUCCGUUUCGUCUGCCUCAUCUUUCGCUAGCGCGACCCUCAACAACUCGUUGACGGCUCAGUCGCGAUUCCGAUCGAUGAAGGCGAUGAAUGAGAGAUCGUACUUGAGGUCGACAGUCCCCACCGUUUCAGAGAGCUACGAAGAGUAUGGUUUCACGUCGUCUCCUGAAUCGUACACCGGCCCGGUUGCGAAGAUCGGGAGCCUCGCUCUGGAAACCCCCUUGGCAAGACAGCAACGCGAACUGGAAGGAAUGUCUCGGGAUCCCGACUCGGAUGCCGCACGCACUCUCCAGCAUCUGCACAGCCAGAGCAUCCGCGGUGUUGACUUCAAGCCCACGGCGCCCAUCGCGGCCAAGGCUGGCAUCAAGCGUAGCAGGACCGCAUCAGUGGACCAGCCCCUGCAGGAUCACGUACGGGAGAUGCUUUACCCCCACGGCGCUGGGAGCGCUCCUUGGCCCAUUACUCGCCCGCGAGGACUUGACGGAACGGAGCCCUACUUGCAGGUACCUGUUCGCCCCAGCCCAGGAGAAACGAGAAAGAGGCUUUGUUGCUCCGCUCAAGCGGCCAGUGGCUACCAGGCAGCAACAAGCGCAUUUCGCCCACGAGAGCCAAGCUUUUGGGGCAUCCUUAACUGA